AACACCGCAGCAGAAAAAGGUUAGAGUGAGAACGAGAGCGAGACGGGAGAGCAAGGCUUGAAAGAGAGAAGGAGACAGAUGCAACAAAAGCCAAAGAAAGACUAGAAAAGAAGAGCGGGGAAUUACUGAAGAGACACUGCAGCAAGGAAGAAGCGCAAUGGAAGAUGAGCUUUCAGGCAGGCAGCGAGAGGUCAGGAAAGCUCCGGAGAGAAGCGCUAACACCGAGGCUCUCAUCCACCCUCACAGUGUGGAAAGACUCUCCAAAAAGCACCCAUGAAGAGAUGCUGUCAUGUAGUUAAUUGUUACAACUCAAAAGGGAAAGCAGGCCCAAAGAUGAGGAGCCUUGUUCAGUGUCUGUUGCUGUGUGCCGUGCUCUCGUUGUGUGUCUGCCUUGGCACAGGUAGAGCUACCCGUGCAAAUUCAGACUCCAACGAAAGCACGGAGUCCAGUGAAGAUGUCUUCGUGGCCCCACGCCGAGCCCACUCCUUCAUCACACCACAGAGAAACAUCUACAACCUACCCAGAGGAAACGGCUUCAGCAAUUACUUUGGCAGGAGGGUGAAGACUCCAGCAGAGAGACGUGCAGAGACCUGCGAGGACUACUCUCCCUGCCGCUAUUUUGCCUACCACAACGGCUACCAGAGGGCCUACCAGAGAUACUUCGGGAACCGAGCUCCACAGCGACCAAGACAAGCUUCCUCUCGUCGAUACUAAACUCCCGUCAAACACAAAACUGUCCUCUACAUCCGGAUAUGUUUGCCACAUCUGCAUUCCACCUAUUGGGACUUUAAGCUCUAGUGGAUAUGAUCAUGUUUUAAACUGGCGGUGCUUCGGUAACACCACAACCCGUCAUUAUUAACAAACACAGCCACGAUGCAUUCCUUUGUAUAAACACAGGAUAACCGCUCUAUCCAAUGAUCGCACCUUCCUAGCAUUUAUGAGCUGUGUGUAAUGCGUUGGCUCCCUAUGUAUUCACCUUUUGCUACACCUUUAUCAUCCAUUAUCCGCCCACAGCGUCGCUGUCAGUGACAAAAUAAAAGC